CAGUAAAUUAGUGAGAUGCGAAUUAACAAAUUAUUUAAAUUUAGUAGACCACUAUUUUUUUUCGAUUCAUCUCAUAACUUUCACCUAAAGUAAAAUUUUGUAUGUUAGGUCUUGCUAUUCUAAGAAAAGGUAUACUUAUACUGCCUGGUCCAACUCCAACCUAGUUUCCUUUCCCCCUCAAAGUCUCAACAAAUGCGGAUACGACACCGCAUAGCUCAACGCAGAUGUACUCGGACCAUAUAAAACCGAAAAGUCGUACUGCUCGCUCAGCUAUGCAAAGGGUGCGUCGUUUGGCAAUUGGCGCCCCCUCCCUUCCUUACCGCUGCUGCGUCUUCCGCUCAGAAACCCUAAUCCAACCAGUCAUAUACCUUCGACCCCGCCAUUAGAGCUUUCACGAGGAAGAGACAACCUCUCUCUCUUUCUCUCCCCCCUCGCCUGCACGCUCGUUGCUUCGUGUAGAACGGCAUAGUUGAGGUGCGUGGAAUGCUAAUCUGAGCUCAUUCAUCGGAUUGAUGUCCUUGUUUUGUCGAGCUGUUUUUUUUAGGUAUAUCGUGAUCGCUGUUGUUGAUCUUCAAUUUGGCUGUUGUUCGUUGAUUCCAGGUCAGCUUAAUUUGCUCCAUCAAAAAGCGAGGGCGGCGUUCGCGGCGGCGAAAGUGGGGUGUAUUUUUCGCUCCUGCCCUGCUUUGUGACUCGGAACGGACGGAUUGGCGUUGAGCUUUGGCCGGAGCUUUUUGGGUUUCCUUCCAAUUUCAGAGCUCUAGAAGGGUUGUUGUUUCUUGAGUAGCUCUGUUUCGUGGGCUUCCAUCUCUUCGAUUUAUACGGGGUUUCUUUCCUCGUUGUAGCCUUGUUCCGUGUCUGUUCUCUGAGCUCGCCAAGAGUAAGCUAGCAUUCUCCCGUUUAUGUAUGUUUUGCUUCUGCUAUUGAUUGUUGAAUGCUAAGCUGUUCCCCUUUUCUGCUGCUGCUUUUCCACCGAGUGAGAUGGAUGAGGGAUUUCCACCUGAGAAUUCUUAGCUUGGGUUGCGAAUAUUUAUUCUAUCAGAUGCGAUGACCAUGCUCUAGGAAAUCUGGUCGUGCAGCUAGCUGAUUUUGUCUGCUGCUUUUGAGAAAUCGUGCCUUGGAAUUUGCCAUUAUCCUUUCUUUUACGUUGUGUAUAAACUUUAUAUAGGAUGUGGUGGACGAGACAUCAUCUGUUUCGAUUAGGGGGGAUUUGAUUAAGCUAUUACCUUUUUAAUUCAAUCAUUUCUCUGUAGCUAUAUGUUUUUCUGGGAUGAUAAUUCCCCCGAUGAUUACUUUCUUAUGAAGUUGGCUGCAUCAAAGGUUUGCAGUGUGCCUAUUUUUUGUGUGAUGGGCCGUAUGACCAGCUGUUGAGUGUUGAUAGACAAAAAGUGUCCUAUCUUCUCUUAGAUUAAUUGAAUUUAGAAUCGAAGUCAAGGGGCUUGUGUUUCACUUCAGCAUUAGGGCAAUCUCCAUGAUCUUGGAACAGCGUCUGAUGUUUUGCCUGUUGAUUACUUUUGAUUUAGUAUAAUGGAAAUAGUGUAGCAUGGCAUGUAGUGCAUUGAUAUGCCCUGCGUGCUAUAUAUCAGAGGAUGAGACGUUGAGUUAUUUUCGCAUCUGUCUUCAUGGUUUCUAUUCUCCUUACCCGUGUUCUCUCUCUCUCUCUCUCUCUCUCUCUCUUAUCCGCACUGAAGCACAUGUUAGUUACUUGUGGAUCCAAAGAUGCCAUUGCAUCCUAAGUGGUUAUGUUGUUGCUUACAAACUUUGUAGCUGAAGAAAUUGUGGUCAAAAUUUCUCACUCGCAUGCCUAUUCGAGAUAUUUGUUUGUUAUUGGUACCAUCAUCCUAAGUUGUAUACCUAGAUUACUUGUUAAUGCUGCAUUUUAUUCUUGUUCCACUUGUUUACUCUGUGCAACUUGUUUUGUGCAGCUUGGACAAAAGAGUAUCACAUCGAGUCGGUCAGUCCGGGUUCUGAUUAUUGCCAUUCCAUUGCUAUACUGAACCCGAAGAAUCAACAUGACUCUCCAGAGCUCUUUCCUGCUUAUAACCUAUUCUCAAGAACUUGUAGAUGGACAACCUGUGUUUGCUUCUUCAAAUGGACUUCCAGUCAAAGCGAAAAAGUAUGAACCUGCAGGACAUUGCUUCCAUGCUGCUGCACUUAAACUCCUUGGACACGAGGAGGAGGUUGUGGAGAGUAAAGAUGAUACAGUUUCCAAUGAAAAGGAGCAGAUCCACAUGCCAUCAUCUGAAUCUUACAGUAGUAGCAAAGGGAAAAAGAAAGGAACUGGAGACAAGCAACAGGAUCACUAUGCCUUGUUAGGGUUGAGUCAUCUAAGGUACCUUGCCACAGAAGAGCAAAUUCGAAAAAGUUACCGUGAGGUUGCUCUGAAGUAUCAUCCUGACAAACAAGCCUCACUUCUUCUCGCGGAAGAGACUGAGGCUGGCAAACAAGCUAAAAAAGAUGAAAUUGAAACUCAUUUCAAAGCCAUUCAAGAAGCUUAUGAAGCUCUAAUGGACCCUGUGAAGAGGAGAAUUUAUGACUCCACUGAUGAGUUUGAUGAUGAAAUACCAACCGAUUGUGCGCCUCAGGACUUCUUUAAAGUGUUUGGCCCUGCAUUUGUGAGAAAUGGUCGUUGGUCUGUUACCCAGCCAGUGCCACCAUUGGGCGAUGAUAACAGUCCUAUAAAAGAAGUGGACAGCUUUUAUGAUUUUUGGUAUGGCUUCAAAAGCUGGAGGGAAUUUCCUAAUGAUGAUGAAUUUGAUGUAGAGCAAGCUGAAUCUCGUGACCAUAAGAGAUGGAUGGAGAGGCAGAAUGCAAAGCUCUCGGAAAAGGCUAGAAAGGAAGAAUAUGUUCGUGUCCGUGCCCUUGUCGACAAUGCCUAUCGAAGAGACCCAAGAAUAGCAAGGAGAAAGGAAGAGGAGAAAGCCGAGAAGCAGAGGAAAAAGGAGGCAAAGUAUUUAGCCAAAAAAUUGCAGGAUGAAGAAGCUGCAAGAGCUGCUGAAGAAGAGAAACGGAGAAAGGAAGAGGAAGGGAAGCGUGCUGCUGAAGCUGCUUCACAACAGAAGAAGAUUAAAGAGAAGGAGAAGAAGCUUUUGAGGAAAGAACGCACUCGCCUCCGUACCCUUUCAGCAUCAAUUGUGUCGGAUCGUUUGCUUGGUCUCCGUGAAGAUGAUGUAGAAAAUAUUUGCAUGUCAUUCGAUAUUGAGCAACUGAGGAGUUUAUGUGAAAAUAUGGAAGGUAAAGCAUCAGUAGAGCAAAAAGCUAAACUUUUGAGAAAUGCUUGUGGUGGAGGUGAUGAGGAUGUGGAGGAGAGUCGCAAGAAGGAAGAUGAAAAGAAGAGUAUACCACAGCAAAAUGGCUCUACUACAUCUAACGGGGGUCCUCAUACCAGCAACAGUUCUUCAAGCAGCAGGAAAGAAAAGCCUUGGGGUAGAGAAGAGAUCGAGCUUCUGAGGAAGGGAAUGCAAAAAUAUCCUAAGGGCACAUCCCGGCGUUGGGAGGUUAUCUCAGAGUAUAUUGGGACAGGAAGAUCUGUGGAAGAAAUUAUCAAGGCGACGAAAACGGUCCUCCUACAAAAGCCCGACUCUGCCAAAGCUUUCGAUUCCUUUCUGGAGAAGAGGAAACCUGGCCCAACCAUUGCUUCUCCGCUUACAACUAGGGAGGAAGUGGGGGGUUUGGUAAUCAAUCCUCAGGAAUCUGAAGUCAAUACAACUACGAUGGUGGAUACUAAACCUGAAGACUCUCUGAGUGCGGGGAGUUUGGAAACCCCAAAAGCUGAUGAUGGAAGUAAUGAUGGGAAUGCAGCAGCUUCAUCAUCUUCUUCUUCUUCAGAUCAGGAUGUAUGGUCUGCUGUACAGGAGAGGGCUCUUGUUCAAGCUCUUAAAACUUUCCCCAAGGAGAUCAAUCAACGCUGGGAAAGAGUUGCAGCAGCAGUACCUGGAAAGACUGUGAACCAGUGCAAGAAGAAAUUUGCUCUGUUGAAGGAGAGCUUUCGAAGCAAGAAAAGUGCAGUCUAAGUUUCCAGACGACGGGGUUAUGAAUAUGAUCACGGAGUUAUGACUUACUAUCAUCGAGGGUCCAGGAUCCAUCUGCAUUACUUGUUGAACCGUUCAUUCCCCCAAUCCAUAGAGCCAUCUUAUAUGUGAGUUAGAGCAAUUUUUCGACCUAUUGUUAACUUUUGAUGUCAGGCAACAGCACCCUUCGUUAUUAUUCAAUAUUUUCCAGACACCAUAUGGAAAGAUUUUGGUCACAGUAAAGGAAUAUAUGUCACAUGGUUCC